CCUGGUCAAAUCUCACUUCUUGGUCACAAUCACCGGGAGGGGCAUUUGCCAACAUUAGUGCUUAGACAUCAUCCUUACCAUCGCUGGACAUCAAUCUACUACAACCCUGACCAUCCAACCUCCCCGGAUCGCGAUCUGUCGUCAUAAUCAAAGUAACAUGUCACAACUCCCUGCCGAAGUGAUUCUACAUAUCAUCGAGUGUCUUAUCCCAUCAGCUCAUCCUGUCGCAUUUCCGUCAGCGCACCCGGUGACCCAAACAUUAAUCAACCUUACUCUGGUAUCCAGCCUCACAUAUCACACAGCAAAGCGGCUUCUUCUCAAGCACUGUCUAUAUAUUGACUCUGACAAACGGCUGGACCUUGUUCUUCCGCAGCUUCUCACGGACGAUGGAAACCAACAAGUAGGUCCGACGGGUCUCUUUUUGGCGCCAUUCCCAGAUGAUAACCUGGAGGAGCCACACGUGGUAAAGCAGGUAGACCAACUAUCAUUGCACAUUUGUGGCAAUCUACGGCGUCUCGUUAUUGAUGUCCCGCUACGGUACCUUUAUCCCGAUGAAGACGUACAAGGGAUACGAAAAAUCAUAAGAGCAUCCUUCGUCCGCCUAACGCAGCUGGAAGAGUUCUGUUCUGUUCGAGACGAGAUGUACUGCGAUACUGUAGAGGAUGGCUUUGAGCCACCUGUAUGGUCAUUAUGGCCACGUCUCAAACACCUUGCGCUAUACAACCAAAGCGUAGAAUGGCCUGCGUUUCUACAGGCCCUUCAACAAUGUCCAAACCUCACUCAUCUGGUCCUCACACGGCCAGAUAGUCUAACAGAGCCUUUAGAGUCAGAUGUGGAGGGCCUUAAAUGGUGGGCAUUCUUGAAACGCGUUGUUAUUAUAAACACUGCAAGAGACCACGAGAUACAGCUGAAACAGCGCGAGCCCGACUGGCCAACGAGUUUUCUGGGAAACCUGGUGCGUCUUCAGCACACCGACGGGGCUGCAUCCAGUGUCUUGUCCCAGGACACGAGUCCUGUGCUAGAAUAUAUAACUGUGGAUAUUCCUCCUGGCCGAGAAGAAGAUGAUAUCGAUCUCUGUCAGGACUUCACCCACCAGCAUGCCGUCCAAGGGACACUGUGGAGCUACCCGGGAUCUCGCUAUUCAAUAAAUGAAUGAGAAUCCAAAUUAUACAAUCAUGAAGGGCUCCAUUAUGGAGGUUAAUACUGAGGCACUGCUCUAUUCCCAAAACUUUCUCCAAUCUUGAUGCCGUGGCCUACAAUAAGAAUACUUAGACUUGUAUUCUUUCAUACGUUCAACGGUUGAAAU